UCCCAGGUCUUCCUCUCUUCUCAUUGUGAUCAAACCAUUACAGUGAAGGUGAAAUAGUCGUUCCUGUGUCCUCGGCUCGAAAUGGAAGAACCCAGUGUUAAGUAUAUUCUUCUACGUGAUCGCAUAGUCGAACGCAUAGUUGAUAAAAUGUGCUUUUCGCUCGGCCUCAAGAAGUUUGAACCAAUGAAAGUUUUGCGAGGCGAGUUAUUAGAAGGUGUUCCGGAGGCUGAACAGCCUACAGACUUACCUAAAGUGGCUGUUGUUGGAAUUGAACGUAAAUCAUUACGUCUUGAAUGUCGUAUGGAGGAUAUGACUCGACUAUCUGAAGAAGAAGCCAACUUUCUUUUGGCGAUUUCUUCACUUGAAGAAAGAUACCAAACGUCAAUAGUUAAGAAACGUCUGGCAUUUGGAAGACAAUUGUUUCCCGGAUGUGCAGUUUUCGUUAAAGUGGAAAGAAUAUCAAAGGUUUUACCUGGUGUUGUCUGGUACAAAGGGGAAUUACCGCCCAAUCUGGGAACUUGGUUUGGAGUUGAGAUUCUUAACAAUCCAGGGUUAGGAGAUUGUGAUGGAACAUUUAGAAACAAGCGUUAUUUUAACUGUGCACCAGACUCUGGUGUUUUUGUUGGACUGGACAAAUUGACACCACGAGAAGAUGAGCAAGAGAUAAAAUCCCAAGAACAUGUGAAGAAAGAUGAAACUACCCAAGCUAAACAAAAAGCACGUCUUAAGGAUUCAAUAUUGUCAUUUUGGAAAGGAAAACGUGAGCAAAGGUCAUUGAUAGGAAUUAAUGGAGUGCUUAGGAUUGAUGAAAGAGUUGUGACAUUUAUUAAGGACAGUCCAGCCAGAGGAACUGUACGAUAUAUUGGUAAAGAGACGGACUCAAGUGGAAAUUUCUGCAUAAUUGUAGGACUAGAACUGGAUGAAAGACUGGGAACUGGUUGCGGUAAAAGAAUGGGCUUUCUGAAGUUUGUUUGUAAGCGAGAUUAUGCAUUAUUUGUACCAGUGGAAACUGUCAUACCUGAGAAGUACUUUGAUGAGAACCUAGAACAAGCUACAGGGCAAGAAGCUCAAGAACAGUCGGAGCAAAUUAACGAAGAGGAAUUGGAUGUGAUAUCAUUGGACUUUGAAAGCGUUCCAACAGGUACUAGUAAGGAAUCUGUCAGGAAGUUAAGAAGAACAAAUUCAAUGACCUCUGCUGAAAUAAAAAUCAUGGUGGCAGCUGGAGAAUCCAGCAAAACCGAUUCACAGGAGUUUAUAGAGAAACAACGUCUGAUGCUUAGAGAGUUUGUGAGACAUAAAAGUCUUCCUGAUCACCAAGAUAAUUACGUCAUCAUCCAAGAUGAGGAAGGGAAGGACAGUGCCGAAAAUUCGCACUUCAAAGGUGGUCAUUUCCAAAGCAUUCCCCCAGAUGAUUGUGGUCAAACUGGAACUAGCAGACGAAAAACACUUGGAAAGCAACAACAGUCACAAGACCUAGGAAGUCAGCUGUCUAGCUUGCGAGAGAAACCGAGAGAUGAUAACGAGCCAGAAAAGAGUUUACUCCACCGAUUGAGAGAGAUGGAACAGCAGGUGACACAACUCCGAGCAGAGCUGCAAGGGAAAGAGUCGGAAAAAGCCAGCUUGCUAAGGGAAAAGCAAGAACAACAUGACAGAUUACAGAAACAGUUGCAAGAGAAGCAUGAUCAGUUAGUGACCUUCGAAGCACAGGUGAGGAAGAUGGAGGAACAGCUGACAAACGUUCAGGGACAGUUACAAACCAAUCAUGAUCUGUUAGAGAAGUCAGAUGCCCUAGUGAGGAAAAAAGAGGAACAAGUGACAUUCUUACAAAGCCAGUUACUCAAGAAAGAUGGACUUUUAGUGAACUCAGGAGUACAAGUUAGAGAGACGACGCAGCAGUUGACAAAUGUCAAGGGACAACUACAAGAAAAAGAUGAAGAAAUUGCUGGUUUAAAAAAUCAGGUUACAAUCUUUGAGAGACGGUUAAUGACCAAAAACCAGGAAGUGAUUGAACUCGAAAUGAGUCUCUCAGCAGCUCAGCAAUUAGCGUUAAGUGAACGUCAGCGUCAGGAGUCACCUGAUUGGGUCAUAAUACGAGAUCAAAUUCAGCUGACCAAUAAAUGCCUCGGUAGGGGAGCCUGGGGAAGUGUUGUGGAAGGAAAGUAUUGUGGCUGUGCCGUAGCUGUGAAACAGAUCCAUGAUUUGAUUCUUUCCCCUUACAAUCGAAGAUUGUUUGAGCGAGAAAUGGAUAUUGCUUCAAGGUGCCGUCACCCUUGCCUGCUGCAGUUCAUUGGAGCCACAAACGACGAAGAGAAUCCAUUGUUUGUUACGGAGCUUAUGGAAACAAGUUUACGAGCAUUAAUAGAGCAGAAAUCCCUCGCCAGGCAACCUCUUUCAGCUACUGAUCGGUCCGUUAUUUCUCUGGAUGUUGCUCGGGCACUCAACUACCUUCAUCAAAAGCAACCAUCCCCCAUCAUUCACCGCGACGUCAGCAGUGCAAAUGUAUUGCUAUGGCUUCAAGGUGACCAAUGGCGAGCUAAAGUGUCAGAUUACGGUACAGCUAAUUUUAAGCAACAGACCAUGACAGCCGCUCCAGGGGCUGCAAUUUACAGUGCACCUGAAGCACUCUCUAAGGAUCAAACAGUUAUGGUUGACGUCUACAGUUUUGGCGUUCUUCUUUGUGAGAUGUCUAUCCAGGAAAUGCCAGAUCCUGAAAGGCGUGAACAACAAGUUGCACUUGUAACCAACCGCUUGACUCGAGCUCUCAUCCGAGGAUGCUUGAAAACGCAGCCGGAAGCGAGACCGACGAUGGAGGAAAUAAUCGAUGAACUUGAACAGCCAGUGUGAAACAACUUUUUGUAAUGUUAAUUGUAUCAAAUGAAACAGCUGUUUCGAGAAAGGUUGUCGGACAAAAGCGUGAAAUAGCUUGCGAUAACCCCGAAAGGUAUUGUGGGUAGUUCUCAGGUUACGGUUCUCUGACUUUAGGAUUUCAGGGAAGGCAAAGUAGGUUUGAUGAAUUUAUUUACUCACAUGAAUUAUAUCAACUGAUUGAUUACUAGAUACUCAGUUUACCUUUCGAGAUUGUCGCGGGCACUUUUUUCGUUUUUGCCGACAACCUUUCUCGAAACAGCUUUGCAUGUAAAUCUAAAGCGUAAAGGUAUUUCCCUCAAAUUAAUCUUAUCUAUUAUGUUAGUUAUUGUAAAAUAAUUCAUAUACACAUAUUUUUUAAAACUUUU